AUGUGUAACAAAUCAUUUGCUCUAAAGGGCAGUUUAAAUAGACAUGUGCUUAUUCACACAGGAGAGAAACCUCAUGUUUGUGAGGUAUGUGAUAAGUCAUUUGGAGACAAAAGUACUUUAAACCGGCAUAUGCUUGUGCAUACAGGAAAGAAAUCUCAUGUAUGUGAAACAUGUCAUAAGUCAUUUUUAUUAAAGGCCAUUUUGAAUAGACAUAUGUUUAUUCACACAGAAGAAAAACCUCAUGUGUGUGAAGAAGAAGAUUGUGAAGAGCACGAAACUAUCUUCUCGGUGGUGAAGGUUGUCCUCGAAAAAAUUGAGUCGGCUCUAAUUGGUAAGGCAAAGGAGAUUGAAACUACAGAUGAUACUUAUGGAUCUCUGUGGAAAACGGUUAUAGUCAGAUUUGGAAAUAAGCGAUUAAUAGUCAAUAGUGGCAUUACCGAACUUUUAUCGAUACAUAAAAUUAAUCACGAAUCACCAAAGGAAUUAAGAAUCUUAAUUGACAGAGUGCACAAGCAUCUACGCGCAGUAAAAUUAAUGAUUUUUGAACCUAACCAGUUAACUGAAAUAAUGUUGAUGAAUUUAAUGCUAGAAAAUUUAGAUAAAGAGUCAAGACGUCAGUCUGAAAUGUCUUUAAAGUCAACAGAUCUGCCAAACUGGAGAUCUCUCAUAAAUUAUUUAGAAAAUUGA